AUGCCGUCGAGCGUCAGCGGCCUCGUUGCCGCGCUGCAGGACGGCAGCGCCGCCCCGACCGACGAGCUCGCGACCAAGCUCAUCCGCGGCUGGGUCUACGACCGCAUGCGGCGUGGACGGGGACGCAUCGACGUCGCGUAUGCACUGGACGAGGUGCAGUCGUCGAUCGGCCUCAACAAGUACGAAGUCGUCUUCAGCUCGGUGCGCGAGAUGUACCAGCUCCCCGCGCUCGGCGACGCCCCGCCGCCCGAGGCGCGCCGUCCCGCACCCCCGCCCCCGCCGCCGAUACCCAACAGCCCGAGGGGGAGCAACAGCACCGCGAGCGUGAUUGCCGCGCUGACCGAGCCGCACCCGGGCCGGCCAAGAAAUCUCAACGGAGACACUGCUCACGCAGCACCCCAAAGCUACGCUGCCGGCGUGCUCCGUGCAUACAUCGGCCCGCGCCUCGCCCGCUCCACGCCGCAGGAGAUGGGCCGCCGGUUGGAUGCAAUCGAACGCGUCAUGGAGUUUGAGGAGCGGCGGUUCGAGCACGCGUUCAUCGCCGUGCGGCACGAGUUCCAGCUGCCCGACUCGACCGUGUUCGCCGAGCACGCGAGCCAGAAGGUCGGCUCGCCAUCCCUCCCGCCCGGGGCGGCGCCGGCGGUGCUCGCGCGCCCGACAGUGUCGCGACAGCACUCGUCCCCGUCCAUGUCGGCGUCGGCCAGCCCGUCCCCGCCCCAGAGCUACGCGUUCCCCCCGCCCCUGCCGCGCUCCGGCUCGCCCUCGCCGCCCAGCACGUCGGCUAGCUGGGACUCGCGCCACUCGUCCCCGCUCGCGCGCGGCCCCAGCCCCGGCCCCGUGCCGCUCAUCCCAAACGUGCAUGCUACGCCGAGGCGGCCGUCGCCGCCGUCCUCGGCCUCCACCGCCUCGGGGCACGGCAGGCCGCCGCUCCCCCUGUUCGAGCCGCUCCCCGGUCCGUCGGCGUACCGCCACGUUCCGCGCAGCUCGCUCCCGACCUCUGCGGCGCCCUCGCCCCCCGUCCCGCCGCUGUCUAUCGGCCGCUCGGCGGGCCGCGCUCUGCUGCAAGCGUCAGCGAGCUCGACGUCGUCCGCGUCCGUCGCGCACUCGCACUCGCACUCGUCCGUCGCGCACUCAUCCAUCGCGCACUCGCACUCGCCCGACCUCUCGGUACCGUCCUCGACGCCGUCAACGUCGCCCUCCACACCGUCCAUCACCCCGCCAACACCGUCCGUCGCCACCCUCUCCACGCCACCGAGCGUGCCCGUCCCCCGCCCGCCAACGCCACCAAGGCCACAGGAGAAGCCAGAACGCGGGUUCAUCAACAACCUCCUCUUCCCGAGGUCGACACUCCAGGACCUCACGCCCCGGGAUAUCCCAGACCUCACACCGCGGGACAUUCCCGACCUCACCCCGCGCGACAUCCCAGACCUGACCCCCAAGGCCGCAAUGGAGCCAAUACCAGACCUCACGCCCGCGCACGGGGCGGCGCCACGGCUCGCACUCCCAGACCUGACGCAGCGGCUCCAGCUCCCAGACUUUGGCGACCUCGCCGACCUGACCCCGCGCGCGGCGGACGCGCAGCUCCGCCCCGUGUCGCCUGCGCCGCCGGUGCCGCCGCCCAAGUCCACCAAGGCGCCGCGCGCGCGCAUCCCCGAGCCGGAGGUGGAGAGCGCCACGCCGCCGCCCGUCGCGUUCGAGGCGACCGCGUCCGCCCUCCCGCCAGCCAACACGGGCCCGCUCCCGGCGUCGCAUCCCUUCGCACGGGCGCUGCACGGCGCUGUCGGCAGGAGGAGGUCAGACUCGACGGGCUCGAGCGGGUCCGCUGCGCCGUCGACUAAGCCCCGCGACUCGGAGGCCAGUGCGGGCGGCGGGAGCAUCAGCAUCUCGGCCAAGGUGACCCGCGGAGGGUAUGGGGACCUCGAUGUCGUCGCCUUGCGCCGCGUACAUGAGCGCCGGGUCGGCGAGGCGGAGCGCCUCGUCCGUGAGGCUGAGGACGCCGCGCGCACCGCGCACGAGGCGCGGCGGAUCGCGGAGGAUGCGGCACGCCGCGCAGACGAGGCAAAGGGUAAGGUUGAGGAGAUGCGCGCGCGCCUCAGACGCGUAGAGGCCAGUGUAGGCUUGUCGUCGUAG